UUAUAUUUCAUGCAACUUUUCACACGACUGUGUGGCACAAGCAGUGAAAAAAGGAAGCAGCGGGAGGGAGGUGUAAUUGUGUGAGAGACAGAGAAAGAGGUAAAGGACGGGACUCGAACCGUGAACCAUCAGCACUAAACGAAGCGAAAGGGAACGACGAACGAGCCCAAAAUACUGCAGUGGCUGUUCGCAAGUGCAGCCGUACUCCGACGGAACAGUUUUCCCGUGUGACAGACGCUUUCGCCUAGUGUGAAAAGCCGUGAACUGCUGUUAGCUGUAUCGGCCGACACAGGCGGUCCGAUGUCUGGGAAUAGAUAGCACCGCUGAGGACGGUUGGAACAAGAAUUUUGCAUUAGUGUAGGUCCCAAGCGUGUAGGUCCAUUAUCUUGUACAGGAUAAUAAACAUAAAAGUUGUUGUAAAAGAAAAUUGGACACUUCGUGGCACGUCAUCAGCAGUGGAACGAGUCCAGCCUGCUCUGCUCAGUGGUGAGUGACGUUUCCUAGCAAGUGUCGCAGCAAUGGGCAAGAAAAAACCAAUCCCGGAGGAAGACUUGAUUAUACCGCCGCAGGAUACACGCAUCUGCGGCGUGAUUUGUGUCUGUCAGCUUACGUUCGUGCUGAGCACGGUCGCGAUCGUAUAUCUGACCGUCGCCAUCUAUAUGCCCUCGUCCCGGGCGUUUAAGAGUGGCAUCGAUGAGACGCCGGUCAUGUGCACGACGACCCGGGCCCUCAAUCAGGAUGCGUGCGAGUGGGGUUCGUGUGGUGAGUGGUGCCUCAGCAAAACGUCCGGCGCGUGCAUCCAGAUCUACGUGCACCUGCGCAUGAACGGAAGUAGCUUACUGUUUACGAACUGUACCAAUUCGGCGAACAAAACGUGCUACGGUAUCGAUCAGGAGAAUGCGAAAAAGUCGCGCUGUAUCGCGGACGAGUGCAAAAACCUGACCGGUACGUUUAACUGCAGUGCGGGGAUGUGCAUCAACAUCACCGAUGCGUUCGAGUGCGUGUUUAAGAACACGGACCCACCGCUGAAGUGUUCGGGGCGCCGGGGCAAGAUCACCUGCAUCGACAUAACGGGGCUGUUCUCGUGUAACCGGGGAACAUGUCGAAAGAUAAGAACUCCAUAUAAUUGCGAUCGUCGUUGCGUCGACAUACCGACCAGAAACAAGAACAUGAUCUUAUUAAGUGGAGAUAAAGUUUAUCUUUCGCAAUGUUCGAGCGCGAUAGACAUGGAAACGAAGCAGGAGGUGUGGAACGAGGCGGAGGACAAGGUGAUCAUGUCGUCGUGCUACAACAUCCAGAACACGUCGCUCGGCAUCGAAGCGAUCGACUGCGUGAAUGGGUCGGUGCUGGAGAAAACCGAGCUAACCGAUUUGACCAACUUCACCUAUCUGAGCUAUCUGCACUACGCCGUCUCGAAACCGAUCAAGGUGAUUGCACCGCAGGAGCAGGACCUGACGCUAUCGAACGAGAGCCGGCUGAUGAUCAAUCUGGAGGGUUGCGUCAAUACGCUGCAGGACGAGUGCAAGGAGUUUCUGAAGGAGUUUGGCAAGGACGGGACCGAUCAUAAUGCACGGGCACGGUUCCCGUGCUACUACUCCAAGAGCAAGAUGCAGCAGGUGGUGGCCCGGUUCAGCCUGGAAACGACCUACCGUCAAUUUGUCGUUGGCUUCUUCGUGCCCACGAUACUGUUUGCCGUCUCCUGUUUGACGCUCAUCUUCUGCCAGCGAACCAUACACGUGGGGGAUGAUGCGAAGAUGCGCUUCGUUGGUUGUGCUAAUAAGAAUCCGGUUGUGGCCAACGGGGGCGCCAAGAAUCAAGACAAAGCCAACUCCGGUGACGGCGGUGGAGGUGGAGACUCCGUUAUGGCUCUCUGAGAUCCAUCACGCAUUCCUCUGCUACAAGAAGAUAGUCCAGUUCAUCAAUCGGGUGUGUUUUCUCUACACUAAAACCGUUUCCGGCCAGAGUGAUAAUCGGUAUUCUUCAGUCUAUCGUCUCCCUCCCCCUGCCUGAGAGCCUAUGCCUACUAUCCCGUUUGUUAUACGUACACGUGUUCUUUCAUUAACGAUCUGUUUUGGCAACACCCUUACCGUACGCGAAGGGGUCUUGAAUGAGCAAUCAACAACACGACAGCACAGCGCUCAAUUAUUUCUGCAUCAAAUUCGUUCCGUGUUCGAUCCUCUGUACUUAAGUAUGCUUGUAUGUAUGCCGAAAUAAUUCGCCGAACCGGUGUCAGUUUGCGCUGGUGCACAUCUUAAAACGGCUGAGUUGCUGCAAUCUGAUGUGCACCCAACACACGCACACGCCAGUUGCAAGCGAUCUUAAUGAACAUCGAACAAGUGCUGCACCAUUUAAAGCACACCGUUCGAUUCUACAACAACGGCUCGCUUAAACCAUAGCAUGUUGAUGGACACAGCGCGAUAUAUUGCACCAACAGUAAACGUCUCGUAACAACACAAGAACCGGAACCGGCCAGUGCUCGUCCGAUCCAUGUGCCGGGUUUGGGUUGGAGGUUGCAAUCACCCGGCAUUUGCAAGAAAAAAAAAAAACACUAGAUAAGCGCUACACACGAAUGGGCCAGCGGAUGACAUACUGAAAACUUCUCCCCUCCCUCCCUACCCCAGCUCCUUCGUCGAUUCCCCGUUAUAUUGUUAAGUAAUGUGUAAUUUUUACAACGUGAGCUAAUUGGUUGAAACAAUUGUUCAUCUUUCGAUGCAUCAAAUGCCUUGUUGUGUUAGCACGCAGUAGAGUACGUUCAAAAUCGGUAACGAAUCGAGGCGGAAAAAAGUCGUAGAAAAAAACGGCAUUCAGCCCAGCAGGAAAAGAAAGUGCAUCGAGAAGUAUGAGCAACCCGUUUAAUGAUAAUUUCAUUGUCAACAAAACCCUGUAAAUUGAUGACGAGCGAGAUACCGGUACGGACGUACCGCGCGACCAACGGCGGACACCGAAACGUACCAUCAUACAGACACGUCCGGAAUUUGUAGCAGUGGCCGACGAACAUCCCGGGCACCGUCGUGUACGUUCGCCAUUUGCUAGGCUGGAAAUUGACCACGGCCGUGGUGUAGGAAAUCAACGAAGAGAGAACCAACCGCUGGAUCAUCGAAAAGGAGAUUGAGGCUUAGCGCCGCUCGCUCCAAACCACAGAUAGAGGAAUGCGUGACCGUAGAGCAGGAGGCGAACACAACACAAUGUAAUGCUUCGCCGAACAAAUAGAACAAUAUCGUAGAACCAAACGUAACACAAAUAAGCAAACUACUAGCAACACUACUGCACUGCAAUUUGUACAUUUUGCAGUACGAAAAGCGCGUGCUGGAGAAACGAUUCGAUCGUGGCACAGAUUAUCGAACAGAACACGAACCCUAUACCAAGUCCGGGGGCGUUUGUGCAUUGCCGCGCAACUCAAGUAAGAUUUUCCGACUUUUGCAUUCACCCGCCAGCCGCGGAAGGAUCUACCGAAUUUGUAGCCGUUAAGUCCACUAGUAAGAAAAUAUGCUUGACAAAAAUCUAGGCUGCCAAUGACAACUUAAAACCGCGCGCAAAUACACUGCAGCAUUCAGAUAAUCGCUGGAGCAAAACACACGCCUGGGGAGAGCGCGGACAUUGUGGGUGUGUGUGUGGGUGCAGUGAGCGUUAGAUAUCAGAUAACUAGACCAGCACCAUACACACGGUGGCAGCUUGUGUUAAGCGGUAAUACAAGCGCAGAAUCAGCAUGCGGUCCAUCAACGACAUCCGAGGGUCCUCGUCAACCCUUUCGGGAGCGCCAAGCUUAACCAUGAGCAAACCAAGCUUGAACAACAGCAAGGCGAGUCUCACCCAUAGCAGACAAAGUAUCACCGAUUCGAAUCGGGAAGGAAGGCCACCAACCAGGGAGGAGCUUAUUGCGGAGUUUCUGGAUAAGGCAAAGUUCUACACAUCGCUCUGUCUAGGCACAACGGCUAUCCUGUCUGUUUUUGCAUUUCUCUUUCUGAUACCAUUUGUGGUGGAUCCCGCCAUAUCGACGAUUGUGGCGGACUACGACCCUAUACCGGUGACGUGCGUCGUGACGGACCACGUGUACGCGGAAGGGAUGCGUAACUGUACCUGGAGCUCGUGCCGGGAAGGCUGCACGACCGCUGCCAUCCGGUGUCACCAGCUGCUGGUUAACUACACCAAAAUAGCGUUCCACGAAUGGCACAAGCAUCCGCGAGAUUUGGACAGCAUCGAGUGGGACGUGAUGGAUACGAAGUUUCUUGUCAACACCGAAGGAUGCGGGUAUCCACCACGAGUGAAUUGUUCGGAAUUUGCAAAACAGUACGGCUACUCACAUGUGGGAGAACCGUUUCCAUGCUACUACAGUCGUGCCUACCCAGAGAUAGUAGUCGCCCGCUACUCCUGGGAUGACAAUCUGAAGCACCUGAUACUAUCGCUGAUCAUACCGAACGUGCUGUUCGCUGUGUCAAUCGGUGUGCUGAGCUACUGGUAUUGUCCUUGCUGUGAUAAAGCCUGCCACAAGUCGCCUCGGGUCUACGCGGAGAAGUAUCCUACGAAAGAGAACAAACUUCUAUGCCGUAGUGACGAUGAGGAAGACGAACUAGACUACUGAAAUAAAACCACACACACACACACACACACACACACACACACACAACAAACACACUAUCUCUCUUUCACACACCCACACACCAAACACACAAAAAUACACACUUUACAAUUUUCACCACCAGCAGCGGAUUUUUGCGUUUUUGAUACACACCGUCUCACAGUAUAUAUUUUAACGUCUUAGUAAUAAUCGUUCAAAAAACAAAAAGAACAGAUAGUAGAUUUUGUGUUGUUUUGUUCGUUUUUUCCUCCAUUUUUCAAACACCUCUCGAUCAACUCCGUAGUGCGGAGUUUAGGUUUUAUAAGUUUUUCUGUUCCUUUUGACUGAUGGUAUACAUAUACCUUCGCGACCGGUGUCUCGGUGAGCAGCGGCACACGAACGCCUGUAGACAUCCAUCGACUGCUAGUGAUGGUAUUGCAUACAUCAGCAAAAUCCAACAGGACAACGGAAUCGUUUCGAACAAAAGCUAGUAAAUAAGAUACAAUAGCCAAAGUUAUCGUACCUUCCAAAACUAUUGCCUUCACGUUCUUUUACCAUUUCCAUGUGCAUGAUGUACCACCCAAGUUUAUUGUCAGUCCGCUUGCUAUACUUCGACCGUUACUGAUGAUAAAUAGUAUAUGCAUCUAGUAUAAUAUAUCCAUAGCUUUACAUCGCUUAGCGAGGCUGCACUCACCAGGGCUUAAAGGAUUGCGCAACAAACACCCGGGACAGAACGCAAUAAUUUUCUUAAGCAUAAAAACACUCGUGUAUCGCAUGCACCAAUCAUGGGUCAAAUAUGUGGAGCAACCGUAAGGAUAUCUUUUAACCGGGCCCGAUCUUAACAGCUGUUAAUUACAUGUGUAACAAAACCUUUGAAACGAAAUUCGGUAGAUCGUGUAAAUAUUGUACAAAGCUAUGUACAAAAAAUUACAUACCAAAAAUUUACGAUUAACAAGCCCGCGGGCCAUCGCUUUCCCGAACCACGUGUACAUACAUUUUAUGGCAAUCGGAACAUCGCGGCGCUCAUUACUGCUCGUGGCUAGUGCGCUCCGUUAUUUCUUCUUGUCCGAAAGUUGCGUAAAGAGAAUAGGAACAUUUUGUUGCGUUAAGCGUAGCGUGUAUAAUUUAGUCUGUGAUAAGAACUAGUCAACCGGUGUUCUUCAAACCUAGAAUCCAAAAAAAGAACAAACGAAACGAAAUACCAUCCAACGGGCACCAAAGAGUUGCUUUUGUGGAGGACAAAAAACACACCCACUCAAGGAGCCGCUAUAGUAUUACUGCUUUAAAUAAUGCGCUUGUAAACCAGGAGCUCAUUUUAUCUUGCUCUCUUGCUUCUAAUCACACAGGCCUCACAAUGUUUGCCGUUGGCUCGAUUUAUGCUCUCUAUCUGUUGUUGAAAGCUUGCAUAAUUUAUACUUUUUUUCCCCUCAAAAUAGUUUCAAGUGUGAUGUUCUAGAAUCACACACACACAUACACAUGGCGUUAGCGUUCUGCUCUCUAAUACAUACGUUUUUCGUUUCCUUUCAAUCACCACCAACUGUAACCAACUCUCUGUCCCCGAUAUCCUCCCAACCGUGGAACAACCGUCUAUUGUCCCGAUCCAUACAAAUCUACCAACCGACCAAUAUACAACAACCAUGUACUACACAUAAUCCUACACGUAUAUAAUCUACCACCACCAACACCACCACAAACAUUUCCAACAAACUUGCGACGAUGCACCGAAAGGAAAGAGUCGUGGAAAAUUGAGUAUCCGCAAGAGUUCAUCAACAAAAUGUGAGAGUGCGGCUAGUGCAUCGAUAGUGUCGGAUUCAAGUCGUCAAACGUACCCCCGCGAAGGACACAAAUUGCGGAUCGCACUCGUCACAUAUGCCAUCGGCCAUCAGCAUCACACCGGCUUCAACUUUAUCAUCUGUACCAGCGGGGAUCAACAAAUCAUGCAUCGCGUUUGUAGAGCAUCGUUAGCAUAAAGUGUUGUUAAGUUUACAUUACCUUUUUCGAUUCGGCAACAAUACAAAAAAAAAUCUUACGAGUAUAACCAAAAAACGAAACACACACAACUGUUGAACGUCAUUUCUAGGCUAGGCAUACGGAAGCAGACGAGAUGGGAAGCUAUCAGAUUAGCCGCGGAUAGUAUUUUUAAGGGCGAAUGUUUCUAUUUUUCUGUUACAUCUACACAGCGCAGGCACUCCUACAUAAACACUUCCCCUCAAGGCAGUUUUUAUCUUUCCCACGUUAUUGUUAUUUCGAUAUACGAAACUGUUCAACCGUAACGCCCUAUAGAGACUCUCAACACAGCACCGGCAGCGGCACGUACGCGUGCGGAGUCAGACGAAGCUAAUUUCGAUAUUUUUUAAACAGCUUCAGAGAAUCAGAGCUCGCGAGAAAAUUAACAGAAAAAGAUACAACGGUUAAAUCAAUACUAUCAACCAAAAAAAAAAAAAGAAAGAAAGAAAGAAAGAAAAGUAA